GUCCGUUUUUGAGGUAAUAGUCCUCUGUAUAUUGCUGCAAGGAGGACUAUUGAGCACUGCCAAAUCGCCGACCAUCAAUGAGCAGUGCAACGCUUAUUGUUUUGCGACUUUUCAGCCCCUUAUCGAUCCCUUAGUUAAAAAUCUAAGAGAUGCAAAACUAUGCAACGAUAAUCAAAUUUUACUGAACAAUGUCAAAGCAGAAAUCAUAGAAAAGGACCAAAAAAUUGAAGAAAUGAAAAGUCAAAUAAAAUCUAAUUCUGAAGUAAUUGAACAGCUCAAGACUCUUAAUAAACUUUAUGAGAAUCUCAAUGACAUGCAUUUGAACAAUAUUGAAACACAACUAAAUGACAAGAAAAAAGAAAUCAUAGAAAAGGACAAACAAAUUGAAGACCUGAGAAAUCAAAUAAGUUUAAUCUCUGAAGUAAAUGAGCAGCUAAAGAAUCUGAAUAAACGCGAUGAGAAUUUACCAGAAUUUUGCCCAAGUGGACGACCGAAUGGCAUUUACAAUGUAAGCCUACGUGGAGUGGACCCAUUUGAAGUGCCGUGCAUAUCAUCAACACCAGGAUGGACUGUUAUACAAAGACGCUUUGACGGAUCUGUUAACUUUACUCGCGGCUGGAUGGACUACAAGGAUGGGUUCGGCAAUGUAAGCCAAGAGUUCUUCAUUGGACUCGAGAAGCUCUACUUGAUGACCCAAGCACAACCCCACGAACUUUACAUACAGCUUCGCAAUGCUGAUGGAAUUUCUAGGUACGCUCAUUAUGACGAUUUUUGUAUUGGCAGCGCGAAUGAAUCCUACAAGCUAAACGCGGUUGGCAAGUAUUCUGGAACCGCAGGAGACUAUCUAACACAGCUUACUGAAAAUAGUUUCUCCACAUUUGAUCGGGGUCACCAGUGUGGAAGUACUCCUAUUGGUGGUUGGUGGGAAGACAGAAGCUGUUUAUUAAGCAUGCUCAAUGGAAAUUACUACAAGGACGGACAGAUACCAGAAGGUAGCUCAGGUGGAAUUUAUUGGGGUUCUUUUGCGGGCAACAAGGGCUCGCUGACCUUCGUUCAAAUGAUGAUAAAGCCCAAAGCCGUAUUCAUAUAAGUGAAAUUGGUUCGUUUGAAUGUAAAAUAAAAGGAAUACUAGCAGAA